GACGGAAUAUGCUGUAUCGAUAAAGGCGAUGAUCACAAAAUCCUACUCCCGGACUCCCCGCUACAAUUUAGCGCCAUGUUUUUCGUAUCGCCUAAAACCGUAGCGUUGAGCAUCUCCCUACUCAUUUCUGUAUCUACUCAACUCUGGCUGACGUAUCGUUCAUGAUUCAUGUGACAAUUGUCAAGUGUCAUAGUGUAAUUGACCCGAAGAAACAAGAUUAUAAUUUUUGCUGAAAAACUAAAGCUUUCGGAUCAAUAGAAUGUUCCGGAGCUUGGCUUACUUUUCUAAAUUGCUCGAUAAAGCUACGAGUAACCUACGACUCGAGCCUGACUGGCCCACAAUAUUGCAAAUUUGCGAUGUCAUUCGACAAGGCGAUGUUCAGCCGAAACCUGCUCUCGCUGCUAUAAAGAGAAAGCUGACAAAUCCCAAUCCACAUAUUGCAUUUUUUAGUUUGUUGGUAUUAGAGUCCUGUGUAAAAAACUGUGGUAGCUUGAUUCAUGAUGAAAUCGGUACAAAGCAGUAUAUGGAGCAGCUCAGAGAGCUUGUAAAGACAACGCCACAUGAGAACGUCAGGUUAAAGUUACUUGAAUUGAUUCAAGCUUGGACGUUUGCGUUUAGAAAUAGUCCCAAAUAUAGAGCCGUUCAGGAUACUAUGAACGUUUUGAAAGCUGAAGGAUACAAGUUUCCUACUCUCAAAGAAAGCGACGCAAUGUUCAGUGCCGAUACUGCUCCAGCAUGGGCGGACGCAGAUGUUUGUCAUCGCUGCCGUGUAGCUUUCAGUAUGGUGCAAAGGAAGCACCAUUGUCGUGCCUGUGGCCAAGUUUUUUGUGGUCAAUGCUCUAGCAAAAUGUCUACUUUACCAAAAUUUGGAAUUGAGAAGGAAGUUCGCGUGUGCGAGGCUUGUUACGAUCAAGUUAAUAAGCCAACCACUACUGCUCCUAAGGAAACCGAUCUCCCUGCAGAAUACUUGAACAGUUCUCUGGCACAACAGCAGCAGGUGCCGCCGCGCAAGACAGCAGAGGAACUCCAAGAAGAAGAGGAACUACAGCUAGCCUUGGCUUUGAGUCAGAGUGAAGCUGAACAGAAAGAGAAAGAAAAGAAACGUGCAACUAGUGCCCUAAAAUCAAAUCCCACUCCAGUUUCCAGAGCAGCUUAUUCUCCACCAUCAUCACCGGGCCCCAGUCCAUCGCGUGUUCAAGAAGAAGAAGAAGAAACCGAUCCAGAACUUGCUAAAUAUUUGAAUCGCAAAUAUUGGGAACAGAGACAAACUGCAAUAGAGGAACAUAGUUCCAGGGCGGACAUAGCUAGUCCAUCCGCACCCAACAUUAGUAGUCCGAUGCCCCAGAAGGUCAUCGUGGCAAAGUCUCAAAAUGAAGAAGUCGAUACACAAAUGGAGGAAUUCGUUGGAGCACUGAGGUCUCAGGUUGAGAUAUUUGUGAACAGGAUGAAGAGCAAUUCAUCUCGUGGCAGGUCCAUUGCCAAUGAUAGUUCUGUACAAACUCUGUUUAUGAAUAUCACAGCUAUGCAUUCAAGGUUGCUGAAACACAUCCAAGAACAAGAUGAUAGUAGAGUUUACUAUGAAGGACUUCAAGAUAAAUUGGCUCAGAUGAAGGAUGCACGAGCAGCAUUGGAUGCUCUUCGCGAAGAACAUCGUGAAAAAUUGCGCAGGCUAGCUGAAGAAGCCGAGAGACAACGACAGCUUCAAAUGGCGCAGAAAUUGGAAAUUAUGCGUAAAAAGAAACAGGAGUAUUUGCAAUAUCAACGUCAGUUGGCUCUACAAAGGAUCCAAGAACAGGAACGGGAAAUGCAGAUGAGACAGGAGCAACAGAAGCAGCAGUAUAUUAUGGGUAACUACCAACAAGUGCCAGGAUUUAUGGGACCAUCCGCUCAGGGUUCUCCAAUACGUCAUGGUCAGUAUUCAGGACCCACGUCAAACUACAAUCCGAUGUCUCCAACGAAUCAGGGAGUUUAUAUAUAUGGAGGCCAACCUGCCAUGGGCCAAUACCAGAUGCCAGGUUAUGGAAUGCCAUCGAUGGGUCCUAUGCCAGCUCAUAUGAUGGGCGCAAUGGGGAACCAAGAGCCCCAGGGGUCUGCUGAUCCGUCUGUUCAAGGUCGAGAAAAUCUCGGUCGUGUUUCGAUAUCAGGUCCAGGGAUGAUUCCAGGACCUCCAAUGCCGCAGAUGCAACAGCCCAGUGGCCAUAAAAUCAAUCAACAAGGUCCUGCCCAUAUGGUACCACCACAAGGACCCCCAGAGCACAUGGGCGCUCCAGGUUCACAAGGUCCUCCAGGACCAAUAGUACAACCAUCAGGACAGUCGGUUCAAGUAGGACCACCUCAAUCGGGCCCGGUUGGACAAAUGGGUCCUGCAUCGGUACAGAUGAUAUCACAAGGCCCGCCGCAAGGUCCUCCAGGUCAGAUGGGCCCACUGCAAGGUCCUGCAGGUCAGAUGGGUCCACCGCAAGGUCCUCCAGGUCAGAUGGGCCGACCGCAAGGUCCUCCAGGUCAGAUGGGCCCACCGCAAGGUCCUCCAGGUCAGAUGGGUCCACCACAAGGUCCUCCAGGUCAAAUGGGUCCUCCGCAAGGUCCUCCAGGUCAAAUGGGUCCACCGCAAGGUCCUCCAAGUCAAAUGGGCCCAUCUCAAGGUCCUUCUGGACCAAUUGGUCCUCCACAAGGUCCACCAAGCCAGAUCGGUGUUCCACCAUCACAUGGUCCCCCAAGUUCAAUGGGACAACAAGGGCCAACAUCUUUACCACAAGGAGCACCAUUACAACAACCAGCCAGUACCAAUCUUCCUCCUCAUGGAACAGGAAGUAUGCAAUUACCAUCUGGCCCUCCUGGUAGACCAAUACAAGGCUCACAAGGUCAUGGCUUACCUUCCAUUCAAGGGACAGCGCAAAUUAGUGCACCCAGUGGACCACCGAUGCAGUUUCAACCAACAUCUAGUCAGCCUGCAUCAGUAAAUGGUGUCCAUACCAAGGAAUCCAAACCUGACACGGCUGAGCUCAUUUCUUUUGACUGAGGACAUCGAAAACGAAUCAGUUUAGAAUCUUAUUAUAAUCAGUUCAUUUAAAGUGUCGCGGAUGAGUUUAAAUAGAAGAAAGGGUCGUCACUUAAUCAAUUGCCCAGGUAACAUUACGCCUAACCUGAAAACGAUUUUUUCUAUCUUUACUCAAAACUCGUCUAUUACGUAUGUUAUACUAAAAAAACUAUCACAAUCCCUCCGUAAAAUAUUGAGCGAAUUAACACUGGGACUGUAAUUGGAAUCGCAAGGUUUUGCAUAUUUAUUGGAAAGCACAUAUGAUGUUCUUUCGGUUUUAUUAUUGUACAUUUAAAACCGGAAUAAAAAGUGCAAUGCCGUGUUAAAAGACACUUUAAAAAGGGAUUCGUCGAUUAAAAUCCUUGUUUAAUGCUUAAAAUGAGUAAAAUGCUUAGCGUAGAUAAUUACGGAAGGGAAAAGUGUUCCAUAUUCAUGUUUAUUUGAAUUAAUUCAUAACAAUAAUUGCUAAUUAUAUACAAAAAUUAAUUACAUAGUCAAAAAAAGCCUUGCUUUACGGGUGUACCGUUGCACUGUUCUUUUAGCUCAUUUAUAAUUUAAAAAAAAACGCAGCAAGUGGCCUCGUCAGAUGUCAAUGAUAGAAAAUACGAUUCGACCUAGCGCCCCACUAUUAAAUCAUGAUAUUAAUACAAAUACAUUAAACCAGUACUAGUUCUUCAUCAUUCUUCGAAUCUUCAUUGGUCAACAGAAGUGAUCUCGUCUGAUAUGUUAAAUGCGCGACACUUCCUUGUAGAUUCUGACGACAUAAAAGUGCGAAGUGAAAGAAUAAAGAAAAAUAAUUCAAUCACGGAUCAGCAUAAUAACAAAACGAAUAAAAGGAAUUGCAAACGCAA